CGCCCGACGCCCCUCGGUCUCUUCCGUUCCGUUUGUUCCCACGCUCCGCCACCCCACAAGCAGCAAAAGCCAUAUACCACUCGCCCUCGCACCGCCGCACCACUCCCCCAUUCCCUCCUCCUCCACCGCCGCCGCCGCCGCCGCCGCCGCACGGCUUCCAUCCACUUCCAGCCUGAACCCCAAGCACUCGCCCACCAGCACCACCGCUGCGCCCACCGCCGCGCGCGGGCAGCGGCGGCGGCGGCGGCGGCGGCGGCGCACCCAUGGAUCCGUCCAACGCCAGUGGUAAAGAAAAACGCCCGGACGCAGCCAACGGCGACGUCGUCCUCAUCAUGCCGCCGGAGCAGCCGCAGCAGCAGCGCCCCACGGCGGCCGACGCGCCCAAAACCCCGCCAAACCCCGAGAAGCCGCCGCCGACGCCGACAUCGGCGGCGGCCCCGCCGCGCCCGCAUCUCCCCAACCCCGAGAAGCCGCCGCAGAGCCCCGCGCGCCCGCCCCUGCCCCCCGCCCAGGGCGCGCUGCUCCGCCGCCGCUCCUCGCUCUCCAAGCCCAAAUCCCGCUUCGUGGAGCCGCCGACCCCUCCGGCCCCCUCCUCCCACCCGUCCCCGGCCCACCCGGCCUCCACCACCCAGACCCCUCGCCCCAUCUCCACCCCGCAGACCCCGGGCGAGGGCGACGACGACGACGACGUCUUCCGCAAGGACGGCGCGCCCACCGCCGCCUCCGCCGCCAAGUGCCGCAGCAGGGCCUGCAUCUCGCUCGAGCUCGCCGUGCUCGUCCUCUUCCUCGCGCUGCUCGUCGUCAGCCUCGUGGCGCGCCCGCUCAAGGGCUACUUCGUGUGGGGGCUGGAGAUCUGGAAGUGGUGCGUCAUGGUCAUCACCGUCUUCUCCGGCCACCUCGUCAGCCAAUGGUUCAUCGCCUUCAUCGUCUUCCUCAUCGAGCGCAACUUCCUGCUCCGCAACAAGGUGCUCUACUUCGUCUUUGGGCUCAAGAACAGCGUGCAGGCCUGCCUCUGGAUUGGUCUUGUGCUCAUCGCCUGGUCUCAGCUCUUCGACCAGGAGCAGCUGGGCCGCACGGCUAAGACUGCCAAGAUCCUCAACUACGUCUCCAGAUUCCUCGCCUCCGUGCUCAUCGCUGCGGUUAUCUGGGUGAUCAAGACAUUUAUCAUGAAGGCCAUCGCGUCCACGUUCCACCGGAAGGCCUUCUUUGACCGGAUCCAGGAGAGUCUGUUCCAUCAGUACGUGCUGCAGACUCUCUCGGGCCCUCCAUUGAUGGAGCUCGCGGAGAAUGUCGGCCGGGAGCCAAGUGGGCGGGUGAGCUUAAGCAGGGCCAAGGAGGAGAAAGGAACGCCUAAGGUGAUUGAUGUCGUGAAACUGAGGAAGAUGAAGCAGGAGAGGAUCUCAGCUUGGACGAUGAAAGGGCUCAUCACGGCAAUCCGAAGCUCAAGGCUUUCAACAAUAUCUCAAAGUAUCGAGAGCUUUCAUGAGUUUGAUGAAACGGAACAAAAAGAUAAGGAGAUAAACAGUGAGUGGGAGGCCAAGGCAGCAGCCAAUGCCAUUUUCAAAAAUGUUGCAAGGCCCGGCUACAAGCACAUUGAGGAGCUGGAUUUGCUGAGAUUUUUCAACAGGGAGGAGGCAGCCUUGGUGCUUCCAAUGUUUGAAGGGGCAUCAGAGACGGGGAAGAUAAAGCGAUCUGCCUUAAAAAAUUGGGUGGUAAGCGCAUACCUCGACCGCAAGUCACUAGCGCAUUCUCUGAAUGACACAAAAACUGCAGUUAGCCAACUUCACAGUCUCAUCAGAAUUCUAGUACUCAUUGUAAUCAUCAUUAUCACUCUGUUGUUGAUGGGCAUUGCCACGACCAAGAUCCUAGUUGUCAUCUCAUCCCAGCUUCUUGUCGUGGUCUUCAUAUUUGGAAAUGCCUGCAAGACUGUAUUUGAGGCCCUUAUAUUUGUUUUCAUCAUGCAUCCGUUUGAUGUUGGGGACCGCUGUGUUAUUGAUGGAAUACAGAUGGUUGUCGAAGAAAUGAAUAUAUUAACCACUGUUUUCUUGAAGAAUGAUAAUGAGAAGGUAUAUUAUCCGAACUCUGCAUUGUCUACAAUGCCAAUCAGCAACUUCUACCGAAGCCCUGACAUGUAUGACACCAUCGACUUCGCUAUUGAUGUUAAAACCUCAAUGGAGAGCAUCGCAGCUUUGAAAUCCAGAAUCAAAGGGUACUUGGAGAGCAAACCUACACGCUGGCACCCUAUCCACACGGUAAACCUGAAGGACAUCUUGGACGUGAACAAGAUCAACAUGGCCCUGUGUGCCCAGCACACGAUGAACUUUCAGAAUAUCCGGGAGAAGAGCAUCAGGAGGUCUGAGCUUGUGAUGGAGCUAAAGAAGAUAUUCGAGGAGAUGGCCAUUAGCUACCAACUUCUGCCUCAAAAGGUCGAGCUUAGCUAUGUCGGCACAAAGCCGCUGCCCGUGAAUGUUUCUCAAGGCAGGUAGAGCGUGGGGAAGAUUAAGAACUGAUGAUCCCGCCGUCGAUGCAGCGGAGGUUGACGACUGAUUUCUAGUUUAGUUUUGCAGUUUGUACCGGAGCUUUUAUCAUCCCUGUACAUGCUUUGCGUUUGCGAGUUGCGUUUAUCUGUACCGGAUCACUGGAUAAUUGUGUGUCGCCGUCAGCAGCGUAUGGGUUGAAUUGAGAAUUUGGACUAA